AUGAAGCCAUUGCUUGGGGUUAAUAUGAGGAUAUUUAGGCUUUUUAUGGUUGCACUUUGUUUUCUCACGGCCCUCGGGCAGCUCCCUUCCCAGGACAUUUUGGCGUUGCUUGAGUUCAAGAAAGGAAUCAAGCAUGACCCAUCAGGUUUUGUUGUCGAUUCAUGGAACGAUGAAUCCAUUGACUUCAAUGGUUGUCCUGCAUCUUGGAAUGGGAUUAUGUGUAGUGGUGGUAAUGUGGCAGCUGUUGUUCUUGACAACUUGGGUUUAUCCGCGGAUGUGGACUUGAGUGUGUUCUCUAAUCUUACAAUGUUAGUGAAACUCUCUAUUUCAAACAACUCCAUAACUGGGACAUUGUCCAACAAGAUUGGUGACUUCAAAAGUCUCGAGUAUCUGGACAUUUCUGACAAUAUGUUCUUCUCAUUCUUGCCACCUGAAAUUGGAAACUUGAGGAGCUUGAAAAAUCUUUCAUUGGCUGGGAACAACUUCUCUGGCUCGAUCCCAGACUCAGUUUCAGGGCUUGCCUCAAUUCACUCUUUGGACUUGAGUCGUAAUUCACUUUCUGGGCCACUGCCAUCAUCUUUGACGAGAUUGACCGGUCUGGUAUAUCUUAAUCUAUCUGUUAAUGGAUUUACGAAAAGAAUCCCAAAAGGGUUUGAGAUGACACAGCUUGAGGUUUUUGACUUGCAUGGCAAUAUGCUUGAUGGUAACUUGGAUCCAGAAUUCUUACGGCUCACUACUGCAAUUCAUGUUGAUCUCAGUGGAAAUUUGCUAGUGAGUUCUGCUAAAGAACAACAGAACUUUCUACUCUCUAUUUCUCCCACUGUCAAUCAUUUAAAUCUUAGUCACAAUCAGCUAACGGGAUCACUCGUUAGUGGCGGUGAAGUAGGGGCAUUUGGGAAUUUGAAAGUUCUGGAUUUGAGCUACAAUCAGCUGUCUGGGGAAUUACCUGGAUUCAAUUUUGUUUAUGAUCUCCAGGUCCUCAAACUCAGCAACAACAAAUUUUCAGGGUUCAUUCCUAACAAUCUUUUGAAGGGAGACUCAUUGGUUUUAACUGAGUUGGAUUUGAGCGGCAACAAUCUUACAGGGCCUAUAAGUAUGAUAACAUCAACAACAUUACGAUUUCUUAAUCUCUCCUCAAAUAUACUUUUUGGUGAACUUCCAAUAUUGACAGGAAGUUGUAUUGUGAUUGAUUUUUCAAAAAAUCAAUUUGAGGGAAAUUUAACCAGAAUGCUGAAAUGGGGUAACAUUGAAAUUCUUGAUCUAAGCCAAAACCACUUAUCAGGCUCCUUUCCGGAAGUAACUGCUCAAUUUCUGCGUUUGAACUAUUUCAAUCUAUCUCGUAAUUCCCUGAAUGGUUCCCUUCCGAAAGUUAUCACUCUGUUUCCGAAACUCACGGUCCUUGAUGUCAGUUUCAAUCAAUUGGAGGGACCUCUUCUAAAUUCCCUUUUAAAGUCAUCCACGCUCCAAGAGCUUCAUCUACAGAAUAAUAAACUUGCUGGAAAUAUUAAUUUCUCAUCUCGAAUGGAUGAAUCAAAAUUUUGUGUCCUUGAUCUGUCUCAUAAUCAGCUCAGUGGUUAUUUUCCUGAUGGGUUUGGUUCGUUGACUGGACUUCAAAUGCUCAACAUUGGAGGAAAUAAUUUUUCAGGCUCUCUGCCUACUUCGUUGGGUGAGAACAGCACCCUAACUUCACUGGACAUUUCCCAGAAUCAUUUUACCGGUCCCCUGCCGAAGACCUUGCCUAACAGUCUCCAAAGCUUCAAUGCAUCAUAUAAUGAUCUCUCUGGGAUAGUUCCAGAAAAUUUGAGAAAGUUUCCACUAUCUUCGUUUUACCCUGGCAAUUCUGAACUGCAGUUUCCAAAUCCUCCUUGGGGCUCAAACCGCGGUCCAUCUGGAAAUCGCCAUGGGAAACAUAUGAAAACUAUUAUCAUGGUGGCGAUAAUAAUUGCCUGUGUGAUUGCUGUAGUCAUUCUAAUCCUGCUUGCUAUUUUCAUUCACUACAAGCGCACAUCUAAAAGGCCUUCACCACAUGUUAUAAACAAAGAUGUCCACCGUCAAACUUCAACAAAACCUUCUAGCUUUGCUGGAAGAGACAGUGGAGGCAGUUUGGUUGUUUCAGCUGAGGAUCUUGUAACUGGGCGAAAGUGGUCAUCAUCAGAGAUUAUUAGUCCUGAUGAGAAAAUGGCUGCAAUUACGGGUUUCUCACCAUCGAAGACCAGCCAUUUCUCUUGGUCGCCGGAGUCGGGAGAUUCAUAUGCUGCAGAUAGCCUUUCAAGACUGGAUAUUAGAUCUCCAGAUCGACUGGCCGGCGAGUUGUACUUUCUUGAUGAUACAAUCUCAUUUACAGCUGAGGCAUUAUCGAGAGCGCCAGCUGAAGUUCUGGGAAGGAGCAGCCAUGGGACAUCUUACCGGGCAACACUAGACAAUGGGUUGUUCUUGACUGUGAAGUGGUUGAGGGAAGGAGUUGCAAAACCAAGAAAGGAAUUUGCUAAAGAGGCGAAGAAAUUUUCAAAUAUAAGACAUCCAAACGUGGUUGGAUUGAGAGGGUACUACUGGGGAUCUACACAGCACGAGAAGCUCAUUCUUUCAGAGUACAUAUCUCCUGGAAGUCUUGCGAGUUUCUUAUAUGAUCGGCCUGGAAGAAAGGGUCCACCCCUUUCCUGGCCCCGAAGGCUCAAAAUAGCAGUUGAUAUUGCACGUGGCUUGAACUAUCUCCAUUUUGACCCUGCGGUUCCUCACGGAAACCUUAAAGCAAGCAAUGUACUACUAGAUGGCCCUGAUCUUAAUGCACGUGUUGCUGAUUACUGCCUUCAUCGCCUCAUGACCCAAUCAGGCACCGUUGAACAGAUUCUUGAUGCUGGGUUGUUAGGUUAUCGUGCACCAGAGUUAGCUGCAUCAAAGAAGCCACUCCCCUCCUUCAAAUCGGAUGUUUAUGCUUUUGGAGUUAUUAUGUUAGAACUUCUUACUGGAAAGUGCGCAGGUGAUGUGGUUUCUGGUGAAGAUGGUGGGGUUGAUUUGACGGAUUGGGUUCGGAUCAGAGUGGCAGAAGGUCAUGGAUCAGAUUGUUUUGAUGCUGCAUUGACACCUGAGAUGGGAAUUCCGGCAUCCGAAAAGGGAAUGAAGGAGGUCCUCGGAAUAGCUUUACGUUGUAUCCGUUCCGUGUCCGAGAGGCCAGGUAUCAAGACUAUAUACGAGGAUCUAUCGUCGAUUUAG